CCACGGGCAGAUCUGCCACCACGUGCCGUACUCUGGGAUACCUAAGCAGACGUUAAAGAUUGUUGUUGUGCUGUGCACAUCGUGUUGCUUGCAAUGUCAGUUGACACAGAUUGCACAAUCACGUUUGCGUUUCGUGCCUUUUGUCGGACACAUAUUUUUCGUUUUGGUCAGCGCAAUCCUGCUCCUCGCUUACGUGUGUCGUCAAUGACCUUAAUCAUGGUCGUGUGUCGUGAAUGAAUUUUUUUGUCCUGGCCGUGUGUCUUCAAAGACUUUGUUCGUUGAAUUGUGUCUUCAAUAACUUAGUGCAUUGAUGUGUGUCUUCGAUGACUUUGGUAAUUGAUGUGUGUCUUUAAUGACUUUGUUCGUUGAUGUGUGUCUUCAAUGACUUUGUUCAUUGAUGUGUGUCUUCACAACUUAGCUCAUUGAUGUGUGUCUUCAAUGACUUUGUUCACUGAUGUGUAUCUUCAAUAACUUUGUUCAUUGAUGUGUGUCUUCGAUGACUUUGUUCAUUGAUGUGUGUCUUCAAUGACUUUGUUCAUUGAUGUGUGUCUUCAAUGACUUUGUUUUUUGAUGUGUGUCUUCAAUGACUUUGUUCAUUUAUGUGUGUCUUCAAUGACUUUGUUCAUUGAUGUGUGUCUUCAGUGACUUUGUUUGUUGAUGUGUGUCUUCAGUGACUUUGUUUGUUGAUGUGUGUCUUUAAUGGCUUCCUUCAUUGAUUUGUGUUUUCAAUGAUAAUAUUCCUGGCCGUGUGUUAUCGAGCAUUUUUUUUGCAUUGUUGUUUGACUGCUGUGACAGUUUUGCCGGGCCGUGUGUCUUCAUGAACCGUCGUCGUUCCUCAAUGUGUGUCGUCAUGGACCAUCUUCGUUCCUCAAUGUGUGUCGUCAUGGACCAUCCUUGUUCCUCAUUGUGUGUCGUCAUGGACCGUCCUCAUUCCUCAAUGUGUGUCAUCAUGAACCGUCCUUGUUCCUCAAUGUGUGUCGUCAUGGACCGUCCUCGUUCCUCAAUAUGUGUCAUCAUGUACCUAGUUCCUAGCUGCCUGUUUACCAAUUAAAUCACUAACUCUUUAUAUUAGUCUAGAUCUGAUCAAGAUCCUGUUCGAUCUAAUAAUAAACUACACUACACAGUCAACACUACACAGUCAACACUACGCAGUCACCACUGCACACUCAACACUACACAGUCAACACUACGCACAUGAGAAAGAAAGUCGUCUCUUAAAGUUAGAAAAAGAUAGAUGGAUUGGAAGAUUCUAUUGCGAAAUGGUCACCAGUUGACACUAUCGACUUCAAGUGGACUCAUCUACAAGAUGCUGUGUACGAUUAAGCGGUCUCGGUCUAUGGGGGAAAAUGAACAUAAAAUACUGACCGGUACGAGGCGGAUUUGAAAGAGAUGGAACGCGUGAUUAAGACAAAGAGAAGAGCUCCACUUGCCUAUAAGGGCGUACCUGGCUAUCGUACACUUUAGAAUCACAUGACUGCAAAGAAAAUAUCCAAGCCGACUGCCCGCCAUUGCGCCAACACUCACUGGUUGGACUUUUGCCACUGCAUUCAUUGGCUUCCGGCAAAUGGGAUGCGAGGGGCAUUUUUGAGGGUACCAAGAGGGCAUUAGGUACACAUGCUUUAGAAAAUCACACACCACAAAUCCAAAACAGAUCAAGUUUAUCAUAAACCCAAACGAUCCCAUUCGGCGUUGGGUUGAGCAGUAUCUUAAACUAUACGUACAGCAAUGAAGGGAGUCACUGAGACAGCACUAGAUUCCUGGAUACUAUCCUCGUCUUAUCAAUAAUGGAAGAAGUAUGUGAAGAGCAAACAUUGUCGGACCUCGAACAAGCAAUUGAACUUUGCUGGUGCAAAGGCUCCGGGUGUUGAUGGCACUCCUCCCAUAGUCCCCCAAAAAACGGAAAAGCCUAUAACAUUACUUCAGCCCUUACAUGAGCUCCUCUGUCUGUGCUGGGAAGCAGGUCACAUUCCCCAGGACACGAGAGAUGCCACACAACCUAACAUCGUACAAACAAAUUUGACCGCAGCUAUUGUAAUAAUUACUGAGAUAUUUCUCUCCGAGGCUAACCCACCAACCUAGAGCCCCAGAGUGGUUUGCGAAGUCGUCGUUCAACCAUGGACAUGAUAUUCUCGCUACACCAGUUGCAUGAAAAGUGUGGUGAACAGCAUUGGCCUCUCUACUUUGCUUCAUAGAUGUGUCGGUUGAAACUCGGACCAACUACUAGAAGAUAUCACUUUAUUUAUUUUUAAAUACUACGUCUUAAAUCAUGUCCUCAUUAUAAACUUCUUUUUAUAUUUUGAUUACGUAUUUGCCUUUGUAAAUUUUAAAAUCUGGGUUCCCAGUUGUUGUUUUUUUUGUUUUUGUUUUUUUUUUUUAUUAAAUUGUUGAAAUGUAAAAAAAAAAAAAUUAAUCAUUUUUUAUUAUCCAGUGUUUUUUAUUUUUAUUUAAGAUUGAAAAAUAUAUAAAUAACCAUAAUCAAAUGUGUAAUAGUUCAUUUGCUUUAUUUAUCAUGGAAAUAUUUAAAGCCCAGUCUGGUCAGAAUUUAUUUCGACAAAUUUACAUAAACUUUUUAAAAAAGAAUAAAACAAAAUGAAGGGCAACCUGUGACAUGGAAUUCUCUUCUUUUUUUUNUGCUACUUAUAGGACAAUUACAAUAAAAUUUCGUAGUGUUUCAAUUAAAACCUGGUGAGUUACCAAUUCAAAAUUUCCUUUUUGUUUUUUUUUUGUUUUUUGUUUUUUUUUGUUUCUUGAAGAUAUUUAAAAAAAAAAAAUUUCAACAUAAUAUAAAUUAUAAAAAAAAUAAAUUUUAAAAAGUUUUAAAGUAGGAACGAAACAAAAUAUUAAUCUUGGACUAUAAAAAAAAAAGACAAACAGUAAAACAUUGUCCAUAUAAAUUCGUAUUGGAACAGAUAUUGCGCAUAGAUGAGAAAAUAGAAGAGGAGGGGGGGGGAUAAUUGACCAGAAAUGAAGGUUGCUUAACUUAUAUAUAUCUAAAAUUAGUAAUAUCAAUGUUAAAAAUUUUUUUUUUUUAAGUAUUACGUCUCAAUUGUUAAGUUAAGACUAUGAAAAUGUGGAUUACCUAAUCUAAUAUAUAAUAUCUCUAUGAACAUACCUGUAACUUUUCUCUAUGCCCGAUAUCAUUGUAACGUCUUGUGUUACUAUUAUAUAUUAUAACUUGUCAUGACCUGAGCGGAUUAUUUAAGUGGAUACCAUAAAGGUGUUAACUAAUUAUUGUUUCUCGCAUGCCCAUGUAGUAAAUAACAGGAAGUCCAAAUCUUGACCUGUCACUUCCUUAUUGACAUAAACGCUUGACGGGGUAACCGAAAAUUCACACAUGACGCCACCAAUGGAGCGACGAUUGAAUACAGCUCAUAAUAAAUCUAUUUCCCUCUAGAAAGAGGCAUGUGAAGUCACUCAAGCAUUAUAUCCUUCUCCUCGUGAGGCAAAUAUCUUCUGAAGAGCCUUUUUCAUGUAUAACAAUAUGGCCGCUCAAGUAUUUCCCUUACUCUCUAAACUUAGAUGCACAUACCACUACGCUCACGUGAACGUGUGCUUCUCACUCAGCAGUAAAUGAACAGCCGGCAUUGCAGCCUGGUCCCGGAGACACUAGCGUACCUGUUGACCGAAUGUCCCUCACUAGAUGUCCCGGGGGAAGCCAGGGCGGUUGUAGAGCCUUUUGUGGGGCAAAAAUGUUGUAUGGCUCAGCUCAACAGAUGGAGCUGGUAGCCAAUGUACUAGCCGGGGUCAUAAGAGAGCAAUCUCAGACCUUCACCAGAAUAUGUAUGUUAGUUAGUAAAGGAACAGCAAAUAUGAUGUUACAAUACCCAUACCAUUCUUAGCACGUUUCUUUUGUGGUAAUUAUCGAUUAGAAAUAUACUUUGGGCUGUGGGAGCCACGAAGAAAAUUCUCUGAUUGCGUGUUAAUUAUUAACAGAACAAACGGUAGUAUUUCCUCCUUGAAAGUUUUAAGGUAAUUUUUUUUUGCAAUAAAUAUUUUGUUUUGCAACUUAGGCCGUUGUUUUUUGCGGAUAGUUUGAGAAGAACUAAAUGAGGCUUUUAUUGUAAUAAUCUCUUCCUCACGCAUAAAAACCUUGUAGACAGUGGUUCCCAACAUUUUUGACUUGCAUAGCUCUUUUUAAAAUCAGUUUCCAUUGGGGCGCUCCUAAGGCAUUUACAUUUUAAUACAAUUUAAAUGGUGUUAAUUUUGUUCCUGCAGCGGUCGUGAAGCCCCUCGAUUUGAAGGUCGCGGAGUGCAGGCUGAGAACCGCUGUUGUAAAAGAAUCUCGCUGACAGAAAUAGAUACAUUGGGUCAUCAUGUCCAUUGACAAUUUUGUUACCUGUUUCAAUUGUGGACAGACAUAUAUUUGUUGCAGGGUCGGGCAGGGUCUGGAGUGUCCUGGUGGACCGACACCUGAUUUUAACGUCAAUUUUUAUUUUAACAAAAACAGCAACAACAACAUGGAGAUCAUAGUGCAAACAACACUUUGUCACUUUCAGGUCCGGCUACUGUUUGCAAGAUGACCUCUCUCCUCUACGCCCUCGUGCUGCUACUGCCCGGUGUGACCUACGGCAUCAACUUGAAGCCCUACAACCUGACGGCGGCGGCCUUGUUCUUGAACAUCGACUUGGACGUCAGUGGCGACAUCGACAGGCCGGAACUGGACCUCAACUUCAAGGUGAAAUAUAGGGCUUCUUUGUGUUAAUUAAUUCCCAUUGCCCCCCCCCCCUUUCCCCAACCCCCGAAUGCAGAUUAGUGCCCCUCCUGGAAUUCUACUUAGAACAAGUUUUUGGGUGCGUUUUCUGAAAGUAUACGUGUUCCCUCAAGCUGUGAGAUUCUUGAGUACCAGGUUUGAGAUGUGUAUUAUGAGUGAGUGGAUCUCAUCACUUCCUGUGUAUUUGUUAAUCAUCAGGUUUUAUGCCCUUGACACAAAAACAGGCGUACCAUGCCUUAUAGAUAUCAAAGACGUUUUAAUUUUAUUUUGAACAUGCACAUAUCGGUACAUAGUUAUGAUGGUGUAGGAUGAAAACAUUGCGACUCUGUUAAGUGCAUCAUUCCUCUUCACUGCCGCACAACUCAAUGCUAGAAAUCUAUUGCCACGCCGGUGGAUGAUAAGGUGCCAUACGACAGACGCCAGUCAUUGUACCGACGUAGCCGGGAUUACUUCAUGACUGAAAAUAUUUCAGCAUUACAACUAUACGUUGAGUACUUGCUGAUUCUUGGCAUCUGUAUACAAAGACCAUGUCUCUAACGAACAAGGGAAAGAAAGGAUUCGUCAAGCCGCUGGGCAAUAUGAUUGCCUCCUGGUGACUGUCAAAAAAAAAAAAGCGCAAACUGGAAUGGUAUGGCCACGUGACAAGAAAACAAGGGAUCGCCAAAGAAAUCAAACAGGGCACAACGAGAGGAGGGAGAAGAAGAGGAAGACAGAGAAAAAGCUGGGAAGAUAACAUCAAAGAGUGGCAAGGGACUAAAGCUGGGCGAUGCUGUGCGAAGUGCGGAAAACAGAGAGGAAGGGAAGAGGAUAGUUUUCAUGUCAUCUGUGGCGGCCCAACGGUCCAAGGACUAGGGGACAUGAUGAUGAUGACUCGCUGAGAUCGUUGCGGCUGUCUUGGGGGUCUAGAGAUUCACCUUGAGAGAAAACGAAGAGCGCUCACAAUUUCUCAACAUGUACCCAUUCAGAACCUGCGCUCUUCACCACGGUCCUUACUAAGAGUUCCCAGUGUGGAUGGACUCAGAAAGAAGUCAUACAGAGCGCGCAUUUUUCAAGAUAUUAAGCCUAAAUUGUUGAACGGCUUGGCCUCAAUCUUUGCGGGACGUUUAAAAUGAUAACAGGUCAUGUAAGAACCAUUACCGAAGACUUUUAUUCUUAACUAUAUGUUAGGACAUCAGAGCGCUGUGAGCAUGCUAAAAUAGCAUGGACACAAGUGCUGUAAAAGUAGGCAGUCGUCAUCAUCAUCAUUGUCAUCAUCAUCAUCAUCAUCAUCAUCAUAGUAAUGCAGCUACUUUUGUAUUACAAUGAGAAUCUUUAUUUUUUUAAAUUAUUUUGUGUGUGUGUUCCAGACGUACGACACCAACAACAACGGACGGGUCAGCCGACAGGAGUACACCAACUACGUCAACAGCCACACGCCGUCGCUCGUCCCGCUGCACGACGCCUUCUACGACAUCUACGACGUUGACGGCGACCACCAGCUGGACCACCACGACUUCGACAACUUCUUCAGCCUGAUGGACAGCACCUCUGACGGCAUCGUGUCUUACUUCGAGUUUGUCCGGUAAAAAACUUAAAUCUUCACUGUAUGUCGAGUGACGCGACUAGGAUAAAUGGCUCAUGGGCUUGAGAAUUAAAAUAUUGCCCAUGAGUCAUUACGUCUAUAAUAAAAAGCGAUUUCCUUUUUUUUUUAAGAAAAGAAAAGAGAUAGCUUAAAAAUUGUAUUGAUUUACAUGGCCCUUGCAUUUUUGCAACCCUUUCAAAAGGAAUCCUUGUAGGAGCCCCCGCUCAUUGCGCCCCGUUGAUAUACUAAAUAGCUUACCAAACAUAUCAAAUGUAGGUUUUUACCAGUAAAAAUCCCAAACUAGUAAAGAUUUAAAUUUUCCUCUAUUAAUUCUAAGAAUUGUUUGAAAUAUCAGAAAUGAAUUGUCAUUUUCCAAUGAGCACGCAGGGCUCUCAGAGCAGACGCGUUUAAUAAAAAAAAAAAACGGUUGCCCUUAGUUUCCGGUCUAGGUUUGACGAACUACCAUAGGCAACUUCCAUAGUUAUGUCCGACCUUAAAAUAUGUUUUAGACACGAACAGGAUGGUCAACCAUGGCACCCAUCCUAAUAACCAUCAUGGUUAUUUCUGCUCAUCAAAAAUAGUACAGGAAAUUGUUGCAGCCAUACCGUUGUAGCGUUCCUUCGCUGCUUAAAAAAAAAAAAGAAUGUUGGGGUAGAAAUAAUGUUAAUGGUUGAGACAAUUUAGAUUAUAGUGCUACGUGCCAACCAGCAGAGACGUUACAGGUUAUUACUACAUGCUGUCCACUCGAGACUUAAUAUAUUGUUGUAACAUGCCGUCCAUUAUUAUUACAUGACGUCCACCUGAGACGUUAAAGAUUAUUGUUACAUGCCGUCCACCAGAGACGUUACAGAUUAUUAUUACACGCCGUCCACCAGAGACGUUACAGAUUAUUAUUACACGCCGUCCACCAGAGACGUCACAGAUUAUUAUUACAUGACGUCCAUCAGAGAUGUCACAGAUUAUUAUUACAUACCGCCCAUUAGAGACGUUACAGAUUAUUAUUACAUGACGUCCACCAGAGACGUCACAUAUUAUUAUUACAUGCCGUCCACCAGAGACGUCAUAUAUUAUUAUUACAUGCCGUCCACCAGAGACGUUACAGAUUAUUAUUACAUGACGUCCACCAGAGACGUUACAGAUUAUUAUUACAUGCCGUCCACCAGAGACGUUACAGAUUAUUAUUACAUGACAUCCAUCAGAGACGUCACAGAUUAUUAUUACAUACCGCCCAUUAGAGACGUUACAGAUUAUUAUUACAUGAUGUCCACCAGAGAUGUCACAGAUUAUUAUUACAUGACGUCCACCAGAGACGUCACAGAACGUCCACCAGAGACGUCACAGAUUAUUAUUACAUGACGUCCACCAGAGAUGUCACAGAUUAUUAUUACAUGCCGCCCAUUAGAGACGUCACAGAUUAUGGCCACAUGCCGCCCAUUAGAGACGUCACAGAUUAUAGCCACAUGCCGCCCAUUAGAGACGUCACAGAUUAUAGCCACAUGACGCCCAUUGGUAUAAAACCUUUGCUUCGAUUGGUGAUUGUUUUUAAAAUAGUCGCAAAGAUAUGGCUUUUUAAAAGUAUUAUUAUUUUAUUGUCAAGUCACAUUUUAAAAAAUCCGUGUGAACUUUAAAAUUUUUAAAAUUGUAAGUUGGAUUUUUCAUCGCAUGUCCCACAGCUAAUGAUUAUUAUUGUUUUAAAUUUUAUUCUUAGGUAUUGGACAAUUUUGCUGGAAACUUUGGAACACCUCAUUGUUAGAAGUGCCGCUGUUAAGGUAACUGUGCAACCCACCUUUCAGCCAAACCAGCAACCUCUAACAACUCAGAAGCCUCUGGGAACCCAGCAGCAGCAGCAGCCUCUGACGACCCAGAAGCCUCUGGCGACCCAGCAGCCUCUGACGACCCAGAAGCCUCUGGGAACCCAGCAGCCGCAGCAGCCUCUGACGACCCAGAAGCCUCUGGCGACCCAGCAGCCGCAGCAGCCUCUGACGACCCAGAAGCCUCUGGCGACCCAGCAGCCGCAGCAGCCUCUGACGACUCAGAAGCCUCUGGCGACCCAGCAGCCGCAGCAGCCUCUGACAACACAGAAACCUAAUGCGUAAAAAUGACGAUGUGAAUUUUUAUUGAAAAAGAAACGAAACAAUCAUAAUUAUUGCCUGCAAUAAAUGUAGGUGUGUUUUUUAAUGACGGAUUUGUUUUGAGCAUCACGUUAAGCUGACAAGAUUCCACAAAAUAUAAAAGAAAAUUAUAAUUUUAUAGGUAUGUAGUUCAAUAAGCGAGCUCAAUAAAAUUCCCAGAAAUUUGUUCUAAUUGGGAUUCUUAAAAAGUGCGUUCCUUGAAGGUAUGUUUUGUCAACUAACUUAAGUAAAUGGGAAGUUCACGUAUCGCCGCUGCCAUUAUUUGAACGGUUAGUUCUCUAUAUAAAAAUAAGCCAGAGUCAUCAUGUCACGCUCUGUUACACCGGAGCAUCAAAUAUACAAAAAAAGAUUCCCCAUAGCUGCACAACACAGCCGGUGAACGUGUGUUCAGUAGGUGAGC